AUGGAAGAUAACGACGCAGCUUAUGAUCAAGUCAAAUCCGAACUGUUAAACUCAGAAGACGAAGUAAUAAUCUCACGUUAUCUGAAGCCUAUGGUCGUUAACGGAGAUUCUUGGCCAGAUCACUUCAUCGAAGACGCAAACGUGUUCACCAAGAAUCCAAAUGAGGUGUUCAAUUCUGAGAGACCUAGAUUCGUUAUCGUUAAACCACGAACAGAGGCUUGUGGUAAGACCGAUGGAUGUGAAUCUGGUUGCUGGAGGACCAUGGGUCGUGAUAAACUGAUAAAGUCGGAGGAGACUGGGAAGAUUCUAGGGUUCAAGAAGAUUCUCAAGUUUUGCAUAAAGUGGAAACCUAUAGAAUACAAGAGAAGUUGGGUAAUGGAAGAGUAUAGGCUUACCAAUAACUUGAACUGGAAGCAAGAUCAUGUGAUUUGCAAGAUUCGGCUUUUGUUUGAAGCAGAAAUUAGUUUCUUGCUAGCCAAGCAUUUCUACACUACGUCAGAAUCACUUCUUCGACAUGAGCUAUUGCCAUCUUAUGGAUAUUUAUCCAAUACACAAGAGGAGGAUGAAUUUUAUCUGAAGACGAUAAUGACUUCGGAAGGAAACGAUUGGCCUAGCUACGUUACCAACAACGUGUACUGUCUUCAUCCAUUGGAGCUUGUGGAUCUUCAAGAUGUGAUGUUUCAAAGUUACGGAACCUGCAUCUUCGCUAACGGGACUUGUGGUGAAUCUGAUAAAUGCGAUGGUGGUUACUGGAAGAUCCUGCACGGUGAUAAGCUGAUCAAGUCAAAUUUCGGGAUGGUCACUGGUUUCAAGAAGGUAUUUGAGUUCUAUGAAACGGUGAUACAUAGAUAUUUUUGUGAUGGAGAAGAAGUGAAGGAAGAAACAGAGAGGUUAGGUCAUCAACGUUGCCAAGGCUUGUUGUUGCCACACCGUCGUGGCCAUGUACAAACCAAGAGUUGCGGUGUCGUCACCGUGAAGGAGAAGAGGAGUUUGGUAGAGCAACCGGAGGAGAUUGUCGCUGCACCUGAGACACCACGCCAAGGAAAAAGUGAGCAUAAUGAUCCACUAAAGCGAAAGAAAGCGAUUGGUUGCGUGGGAGAGAAAGCUGAGAUGUAG